AUGGGUGAACAUGAAAUUUGGAAUAAAGAUGAUUUAACAGUGUUUGCUCGAUCUACAUACUUGAACUAUUACAUUCCUCUAUUUUUACUAUUUGUGAAUUUAGUUUUUUUUAUACUGAAUAUAUCUAGGUAUAUUUUGUUGAAAUUAAAAGGUCGAUUUAAGUGGGAAACUUCAAAUGAGUUUGACAGAGAUUGGAACAAGCACGGUGUUCUUAAAAAGAGAGAUACGGUACCAAAUCAUAUUCCUUAUGUAGGGACUAAUUAUAAUUCAAAAGUACUCAGCUCUCCAUUUGAUUCAACGGAUUAUUCCGUUGAUUCUGUAAAGGAUAGACAUUUUGAUAUUGAUUAUAUUGCAAAGGAAGUGUUAGAAAAUAAUAAAAUAACUUUGAAUAUAGUUCAUAGGAAAUUCAGGGAUAAAUUAAGAAUAAUAAUAGAAUUUUUACUGGUUACUAUUAAUACUAUUAUUCAUACUCAUAUUUUAUUAAAUUCAGAUCUAAAUAUAACCGGUGAAUUGACUUUAAGAGAAUAUAUGGUAUUUUUUGCACUAUGGUUUAGUUUAUUUAUCAUUAUUACUCUUCGUCUGAUUAAUAUGAAUGAAUCUGUAAAUUGGAUAUGUACCCUAAUUGGUGAUCUUUGGUUAUUAUCAUUUUCAAAUUAUUCUAUAUUGUUAAUUAUAGGAACUGCAUCUUAUCGCUCCGUGCUGAUUGGAAGCAUUAAAACACAUGUUGAUAAAAUUUACCAUACACAACAAUUCUAUAUAAAUCUAAUUCUAUUCUCGAUUCUUCUCUUUUCACCAAUUCAAAAUUCAUUACCAUUAUUAUACAAGACAAGAGAUGAUAUUACUCCAUCACCUGAACCAUUAUCUUCAAUUGCCAAUUAUAUAUCGUUUUCGUGGUUAAAUCCAUUAAUAUCGAAAUGUAAAAGGAGUAACUUACUCUUAUCUGACGUCUGGGCUCUUACUUAUGAUGAUUACUGUUCACAUGUAAUGCAAAACUUUAAAGAAAAGUGGAGUACCAAAGUUUACUCAAAUUCAUUCUCAAUCCGGUUUGCAUUGUCAUUGAAAUAUUUUUUGUUAAUCCAGAUAAUUUGGUCUAUAGCAGCUUCAUUUAUCACCUUUGUUCCUAUUAUUUUCCUUCAAAAAUUCCUAGAGUACAUAGAUAAUCCAAUGACAACUUCAAAAAAUGUUGCUGUGCUUUAUGUAAUUGGUAUGUUUAUUUCUAAAGUUAUUGUUUUAACAUGUCAAGGGCAAAUUAAUCACAUAGGUAGGAGGAUGUCAAUUAGAAUGAACAGUAUCCUUAUUUCUGAAAUUUACUUUAAGGUUUUAAGAAAGGUAUCAAUAUCAGCUUCAACAUCCCAGGGUAGUGACAGACAAGAUUCAGGUUUAAUUUAUGAUGAAGAAAUUUCCCCAAAGGGAGACGGUGCAAUUUUAAAUCUAAUGUCAGUAGACGUUUCUAAUGUUUUGCAAAUAUGUGAAUACCUCCAUUUGCUUAUUGGAUCUAUUAUCAUGAUAAUUGUUUCUUUGUCAAUGCUUGUUAGGUUGCUGGGAACUGCGGCAUUUGUUGGAUUAUGUGUUCUCUUGCUGAUUUUUCCAUUGAAUGUAUUUUUAGCUAGAUCGACCUCUAGAUUCCAACAUGAAGGACUAUUAGUUACUGAUAAAAGAAUUCAAAAUCUUAAUGAGUUAUUUAGUUCCAUUAAAAUUAUCAAAUGUUUUACGUGGGAGGAUAAUUUUAUCAACCACAUCUUAAGGACGAGAGAUUCUGAGGUUAGAAAAAUGAAAUUAAUAUCCGUUAUAUGGUCAUGUAAUGCCAUAAUUUGGUAUCUGACUCCAACAUUAAUCACUAGUAUCUCUUUUGCUUACUUUAUAUUUUGUGAGAGAGCAACACUCACGGCACCUAUUGCAUUUACUGCUCUCUCUCUAUUUGGACUACUUAAAAUGCCUCUAGAUCAAUUAUCUAGCACAAUAAAUUAUAUUGUUCAAUCAGUAAUAUCUCUGAGAAGGAUUCAAUCUUUCUUAGAUGAACCAGAUAUGGAUAAACAGAAAAACCUACUUUUAUCAAAGGAUGGCACCUAUUUUAUGUUCAGUGGUGCAACCAUUGGAUGGAGCAUUAAUAACAAAGGCUUUAUCCUAGAGAAUCUUAAUGUUAAAUUUAAAAGUAAAAAACUGAAUGUGGUUGCUGGUCCAACAGGUGCUGGAAAAUCUUUAUUGCUUAUGAGCUUAUUAGGAGAAACCCACUUGUUCAAAGGUGAAAUACAUGUUCCAUCAUUAGCUUCUAAACAUGAAUUGAUGAUUCAUGGAGACGGUUUAACAAACUCGAUAUCUUACUGUUCUCAAAUUCCUUGGAUUAUAAACGAUAGUAUUAAGAAUAAUAUUUUGUUUGGAUCAGAGUUUAAUUUGAAGAGAUAUAAUGAUGUUAUCCGAGCCUGUUGUCUAACCAACGAUCUAAGAUUAUUACAGGAUGGUGAUAAUUCUAUUGUAGGAGACAGAGGGCAGAAUUUGUCUGGUGGACAAAGACAGCGGGUAUCGCUAGCCAGAGCAAUCUAUUCUAAAUCAAUGCAUAUAAUUUUAGAUGACUGUUUAAGUGCAGUUGAUUCGAAGUGUGCAAAAGAUAUUUAUGACUUGUGUUUGACUGGGCCCUUGAUGAAAGGAAGGACAUGUAUUUUAGUUUCCCACAAUGUUGAGUUGGUCAUUAAGAAAGCUGCAUAUCUUUUAAUAUUGGACAAUCGAACUACGGCGUAUAAAGGCCCUCCUGGUGACUUGUUGAAAGAUAAAGCACUCCGUCAGAGAUAUUGUAAAUUUGAUUUUAAUGAAUUAAAUGAAAAUUGCCCUAACCAAUGUACAACAUCUGUGGUACAUAAACCAGAUUAUUAUUUAGAAGACAGGGAUAGUUCAAGCAAAACUCAGUCACAAACAAUAUUGAAGAACUUGGAUGAUCAAAAUGAGAAUAUCCUUGGAGAGGUUGUUCCUAAUGGUGCAGUAGACUUAUAUCUGUACAAGUGGUACUUCAAAUACUUGGGAGGUUGGAAAGUUUUGUCUUUGAUGCUUUCUUCCUUUUUGUUAGCCCAAUUUGGAUAUUUUGCUCAAUCUUGGUGGGUACGUAACUGGUUGAUAAACCGAAGUGAAGUCUCUAAUUUUUCAUUUCUAAAAUCAAACAAAAAUUCUGAUACUAAUGAUAAGUAUUACUUUUUUAUGUAUUUUUUCAUUGGUUUAUGCUAUGCAUUGUUCUCGUCAAUUAAGUCUGGUUUGACGUAUUUCACAGGUAUAAACGCAUGCAAUAGGAUAUUUAUUAAAAUUUUGCGAAAUGUGGUUUCUUCUAAAUUAAUCUUCUUUGAGAAGACUCCAAUUGGAAGUAUCAUGAACAAUUUUUCGAAGGACAUAAGAUCAUUGGAUUUUGAAUUAAGCCCGUUUAUAGAAGGUACAUUUUCAUGUACUUUACAGACAUUGAUGUCAUUAAUCCUAAUAACAUAUGUUAAUCCAAAUUUUAUAUUUCCGGCGAUAUUCAUCUUCUUAUUUUGUUGUUUUAUUGGGCAUUCGUAUUUAUGCUGCUCAAGAGAAUUAAAGCGAUAUGAGUCUAUCACGAAGACUCCAAUUUAUCAGCAUUUUUCUGAAUCUCUUGCGGGAUUAGUUUCUAUUCGUGCUUUUGGAGAUGAAUUAAGGUUUAUUAAGGUAAUAUUUACCAGAGUAGAUGAGUAUAAUAAAUCUUUUUUUUACUUAUGGGAAGCAAACAAUUGGUUAUCUUUUAGAAUUGAGUUAAUAGGGUCGAUUACAAUAUUAGCAACAGGAUUGUUUUUAUUAAGUAAUGCAAAUAUGGUAGAUUCUGGAUUGGCAGGUAUUACUUUUACUUACGCGAUAGCCUUCACCGAAUCUGCAUUAUGGAUGAUAAAAUUUUAUGCGACAAUGGAAAUGAACAUGAAUUCUGUUGAAAGGCUAUAUGAGUACACAAACUUGGAACAAGAACCAUAUAGUAGGUGUAUAACAAAUGUUGACAAUCAGUGGCCAAACUCGGGUGAUAUUAAAUUUAAAAAUGUUACUUUACGAUACUCCCCAGAAUUACCAAAGGUACUUCAGGAUGUUACAUUUGUAAUAGGAGAUAAAGAAAAAAUUGGUGUUGUGGGAAGAACAGGAGCUGGUAAG